GGUCUCACAAGAUAAGAUUCUGGCCGAUUGGCACGGUCGUUAAUGGUGGUCCUCUUGUAGGAAAUGCCGCAGUCAGUGUGUGCUCAUCAACCUGAGCAACGACAAUGUGAAGAUGACCAGAGACCCCACGUGUCUGAGUGGGGAGUCAUUACUAGGGAUUACAGUAAGAAGAUCUGUUCUGACCUGAGUUCCGUUCUCUCUGGUUGGUGUGCAUGCAGCAAUUACUUAAAAGUGGUUCACAAUAGGAAAAACAAUAAUGUCUGCAAGAACUGUUGUAGUCACAGGCUGCUCCUCUGGUAUUGGACUGGCCCUAGCAGUCAAACUAGCAAAAGAUCAGUUGAAACGAUUUAAAGUUGUCGCAACAAUGCGAGAUUUAGACAAGAAGAAAAGACUGGAAGAUGCAGCAGGCAAUACAUUGAAUGACACACUGGAAAUUAAAGAACUUGAUGUUUGCAGUGAAGAUUCAAUAUGCAAAUGUGUGAACAGUAUUCCAGAACGAAAGGUGGACAUAUUAGUAAAUAAUGCUGGAAUGGGGCUCAUUGGACCAGUAGAGUGCCAAAGCUUAGAUACCAUGAAAACGGUGUUUGACACAAACUUCUUCGGCCUGGCUCGCUUGGUGAAAGAAAUUCUACCCGACAUGAAAAGUCGACAAAACGGGCACAUUGUUGUCACGAGCAGUGUUAUGGGAAUCCAUGGUCUUCUAUUCAAUGAUGUCUACUCAGCAUCAAAAUUUGCUGUUGAGGGUUUCUGCGAAAGUUUGGCGAUUCAAGCUUUAAAAUUCAAUAUAAACAUAAGUCUCAUUGAACCAGGACCAGUCUUCACUGAGUUUGAAAGUAAACUAUACGAGGACGCUGCUAAAAUGGACCUCUCCAGUACGGAUGAAGAAACUGCAAAAAUGUUUCAGCAACUGUACCUUCCUUAUUCAAAAAAGGUCUUUCAUGCUCUUGGACAAACAGCAGAAGAUGUGGCUGAGCACACGGUGAAAGUGAUUACCUCCAAAAACCCUCCAUUCCGUUACCAGACCAACAAUCUGUACACUCCACUCACGACUUUGAAAUUUGCCGAUCCAACUGGGAAUACGCACGUUGACACUUUCUACAAGAUGGUCUUCGAACAUGGCAGAAUUUUUAAUACAAGUCUUAACCUUAUCAAAUUGCUACGUUGGAGAAGCAGAAACAAUCCAGGAGGAAAACACUCUUGAUUGCAACGCAACUCAAAUAUUUGUGCAUUCGCACUGCACUGUCUAAUUCAGACAUUUGUGACAAAAGUUCUUCGUUUCCCUUAUUCAGAGGAAUAGAGGUUAACAAUAAAAUUAACUACUAAUGCUUAGUUCAUUCUGGGGGUAUCACCAGACAUCCACUGGAGGCACUUAUGUUGCACAAAUUGGCUGCCCACGCUACAACAGUGAGUGACUCCACUUCAAAAGUACUUAAUUGGCUCUAAAAGUGCUUUGAGAUAUCCUGAGGUUGUGAAAGGUGCUCGAUAAACUCAAGUCUUUUACUUUUACUGUUCAAGUAUGAGCUCAGACAAUGAUUGUCAUGUGUAGAGGCAAUAAAGCUGCUUCAAACCUAUCCUUACCCAACAGGGUCAGUGGAUAGUAGUUCGUAACCCUGUCUGAUUAUUUCUUGCUUAGUGGUGCUGAAUCUAAUUAUAACUCCCCAAUUACUGCCUCAGUUUAGCUCAUCUGAUGGAACAGAUCAGAGAUCAAAGCACCUUUUGGUCUAUAUGGUUUAGCAGUACACUGUGCUGUACCAAUAGUAAAUUGUGAUCAGAGGGUUUUGUCAUUUAUUUUAUAUAAGUCAAAUAAAGCUGACAGCAGGUUGGUCCAGUGUCAGGAAAAUAAACAUUCCA